GUUGUAACUUCUUCUUCUUCUUGUUUCUUGUUUCUUUUUCGUUUUUCUUUUACAUUUUCAAUUAGAUUAUGACAAUUAACUUUAUUUGUAUCUUUAGUUACGAUAAUUAACUAUGAGAAUAUCCAAAUAAUGAGAAAUUGUUACCUUUCUGUUAACUGGGUGAUGGUUACAAUAACCACUCUCUGGUUAUCAUCUAAAAGUUUGGUUAAUUGUGCUUGUGUUAACCGGACCUUAAGUGAACCUUUACUUUAUCUUCAUCCGAGAGUAAUGUUAAUGUUGUUAAAAAUGUUGUUAAUCAAGUGAAUCUUAAAAGUGCCAAUAUUACGGAUUCUCAGUUACCUCCGUUUCCUCAGCGACAUAAUCCCUUUUUCUUUAGUGAUGAUGAAGAAGAGGACGAUGAUUCUGUCAAUGGAUUUGAAGAAUCAUCGGAUCAGGAAGGUUCGGGUGAUUCAGAUGGUGGAAGUGGAAGUCCAGGUGAUUCCAUUAGUGGUAAUGGUGGAAUAAAUUCCAAUUUCGAUCAUAAUCCAAUUGAUGGAAACAAAUUACAAAUUCCAAUUGACGUUGAUUCCAAUUCUUUAAGUAAAGACUCGUUUACCAGUAGAGGUUUUAAUAGAUCUUCUACUUUUUCCAAUCCAUCAUCAUCUUCAUCUUCGUCUUCAUCAUCUGUAUUUUUAUCUUGUUCAUCUUUAACAUUUUCAUCUCUAUGGAUAAUCAUUGGAAUCAACUUUUUGUUAAUUUCGUCAUCUAAUUGUUUCGUUGAUUUUAAUACCAGAUUGAGACUUUAAAUUUGGUUAAAUUGUUCGUAUUUGUAUUUUUAUUUUGGACUGUUAUUAAGGUUGAAUUAGUUGGUACUCACUGUUUACCUACGUGUUGAAUUGUGACCUAAUAACUGUCAUUCUUGUUGAUUUUAAAAACAUUUAAUUAACAUGAACACCUACACAAUUUGGUGCAAGUUAAUUAAAAAUAAUCGUUAAUUCUCACCACCAGAUGCCUCUAUUGUCGUAUCCAAACAGCUGCUUGGGUUAUGCUUUUUUCCUCCAUCCUUUUGGCAUAAUUGGAAAAUACUUGGAAUAAUUUUCAGCAUAAUUCCUAUUUCUUUUUGUGCUUCUUUUUUUGUUUAGUCGAAAAGCCGAAAAGUCGUUCAUCAACUAUACAAUAUGUCGGAACAACAGUUUUGUUUAAAAUGGAACAAUUUCCAUUCGAAUAUGAGUCAAGUUUUCAACAACAUGUUACAAAGUGAAAGUAUGGUAGACGUUACCAUAGCCUGUGAAGGUGCGAGUCUUAAAGCGCACAAAAUGAUUCUCGCUGCUUGUAGUCCAUUUUUCCAAAGUCUUUUCAUGUCUAAUCCAUGUAAACAUCCGAUUGUUAUUCUGAAAGAUGUCCGAUUUAUUGAUCUUAAAGCAACAAUUGAUUUCGUCUACAAGGGUGAAGUAAAUGUUACUCAAAAUCAACUUGGCUCAGUUUUAAAGGCAGCUGAGACCCUUCAAAUUAAGGGUCUAACUGAUGUGGUCAAUCGUCAACGAGAAUUGAAUUCAAAGGAAAUGGCAUCAGUUGAUCGGCCCAAGAAGAGGAAAAGGAAACAAAAGAAUAAUAAAACUUCUGAACCAUCACCAUCAGUCUCUUGUGAUGAAUCUUGUGGUGAAAAUGAAACUUUAAAUGUGAUUUCCGUUACAAUGGAAGAACGAACUGUUCCGAUUAAAAUAUUUCCAGUCCAAGGGCCGUCAAGAGAAAGUGAAGCAGUUGAACGAGAUGGAAGAGAAGGAAGAGAAGGAAGAGAAGGAAGAGAAGAAGAAGAAAUGAAUAUUAUUCAAGUUGCUCAAUCUGAUUCUCCUCCAGUUUCUUCUCAAACAAUUUUACCGACAACCGAAGUGACGGCGAUUGAACAAAAUGAUAUUAUCGUGGCUUCUGAUGCUUCAACUUUAAUUGAACAUCAUCCGGCGUUGAGACAGAUCACUUUUGAAGAUGUUACUCAGAAUCAAGUUUUACCAGUAGUAACAGUUACUGGGACAACUGAUCUCUCGCAAUUGAUUCUUGAGUCUGAAGAUGAACUUUCAGCUAAGAAACGGCGAUCUUCAAUGAGGAGAACAUCAGCUUUUGCUCGAGCUGUUCGUUAUCCUGAAGAAACAUUCUAUGAAUCUGGUAAUUGUCUUCAUUGCAAAGCCUGUGGAGAAGUGGUGAAUCAUAUGAAAGCUUCGGUCAUCAAGUAUCACAUUAAAAGCCAUAAACAUCAAUUGAAUAAAAAGAGACUCAUGCCUACAUGAGAUGAGUGAACAAUUUCCCAUGAAAAGAAGAUGAAUUUAUAUAUUUAGAUGAGCUGAAACUCUUCCCAUUUUAAUGAUUAUCGGUUUGUCCUUCCAUUUGAAACAUGAUCAUUCUAUAUGUAAGAAUCUACUCUUUCAUAAUCAAUUAUUAAUCAUUGAUAAAAACAACAGCCUAGUGAUUGUAAAUUCUGUAUAAAAUCUCAACUUGCCAUCAAAAUGUGAUAACUUUUUAUUGCGUUACUUUCAAAAAGUUUUUAAUAAUCAAAAGUUUUAAGAAAAUCUUUAAAUAUAUCGUUGAUUAAACGAUUAUUAUGCUGACCCUGUAAAGAAAAAUAUCAAAACUCAUGUUAAAGCUGAUUCACUCAUGAAUUAUUUUUGUAAAAAUGACACAAAAUUAAAAGAUUAUAUUUGAAAAAGCAAAACAA